UUGGUUUGUUGACAAAAGCUGUAUCCCAUCUAGACUCAAAAUCACAGUCCUCCCACAAUCCUCUCCUUCCAUUUUUAAUCCCGACAUCCACUGCGGUCUCCACCGGACAAGAUGGCGGACAGAAUAGUCCCUGUGGGUGAGAAGCGGCUGAUGGAGGUGAAGCUGUGUGAACUGGGCUCCUGGAUGGGCAAGAGGGACUUCACUCCUAACGGACUCCUCGCCAGCAUCCGCAAUGGCCAUGACAGAUAUUACAACAAGUACAUCAACGUGAAGAAGGGAGGUAUCGGAGGCGUGGCCAUGCUGCUGGUUGGAUACGUGGCCCUCAGUUACCUCUGGGAGUACGACCACCUCAAGCACGACCGCUGGAGGAAGUACCACUAAGCCCCUCCUCUCCUGACCCAGCAGGGCAGAGCCUGACCUCUGACCCCCUGGCUCCAGCUGUCUGUAUUAUACCACCGAUGUGACCAAGAAUAAAAUAUAACUACUUCUAAUAUUUACAUUUGA